GACACGUGGAGGAAACAAACGGUGCAGUAGGGGGUCAGGAGUACCUAUCUGGAGGAACCCUGUGCUGCUGUAGGUCGUCAUGGUGAAACACAUGUACUCUCACAUCCUGCCCCUGAUCUGCACCGUCGCCGUGGUUACCGUGUUCUACGUCACCUGGACCGACCGCUCGCGAAGCAAAUGUUUUCAGGAGCUAAGGUGGGGUUCUGAGCGGUCCACGACGGCUCCUCCCACCACGACGGCUCCUCCCACCACGACCGAUCCGCCCGGCCUCACCCCCAUCCCCAUCCUGUACCACAAGAACUACAGCAAACUGCCCGAGUGGGACUUCGACGAUACGUACAGGACCGACAGGCGUCCGCACAAGACGACACAGAAAUGUGACAGCAGUUUGUGGAGGAGGAUCCAGUCGGAGCCAGAGCUGAGAGACAAGUUCAUCCCAAACAUUCGAAUGUACGUGUACAACGGCAGCAUCAGCAUGAGCGAGUGGAACAGACUAUCACACUUCAACAACCCCUUCGGCUUCAUGGACUACAGCCACCAAGAUGUGAUUUCCGCUCUGAGCCUGGUCCAGAAGCCCAAGGAGCCUCUGCUGCUGCCUAAACCAGGCAGAGACUGCAUCACCUGUGCUGUGGUCGCCAACGGAGGAGUGCUCUGGAGGUCCAAGAAGGGAGCAGAGAUCGAAAGCCACGACUAUGUCUUCAGGGUAAAUGGAGCAGUGACAAAGGGUUUUGAGGAGGACGUUGGGAAUCGUACUGACGUCUACGUUCACACGGCUCACUCCAUCACUCAAUCGGAAAUUGUGCUCCGGAGAUAUCACUAUGAACGAGCUCCACAUGACCAGGGUAUAAAGUACGUGCUGAUCCCUGAGGGCAUGAGAGACUUUGAAUGGUUGACUGGACUUUACAAACGAGAGAGACUCACCAGUGGAUAUCUUAAAAAUUGGCGUCCCUGGACUCAGUACUCGGGUCAGUUUAACGAGACGCGCUUCUAUGUUCUGCACAUGGACUUCCUGCGAUACGUCAGAAACAGGUUUCUGAAGUCAUUCAAACUGCAAAACGAUACGUGGGCCAUUUUCCGACCGUCCAACGGAGCCUUCAUGAUGUUCAUGGCUCUGCACGUGUGUGAUACGGUGGAUGCGUACGGAUUUAUAACUGAAAAUUACAAACUAUACUCCAACUAUUACGUCGAACGUGGCGCCAAAACUCGCGUGGUGUUCUACGAAAACCACGACUACCCCCUGGAGAUGGCGCUAUGGAGGAGGCUUCACGACCUGGGCAUCAUUCACCUGUACCUGGGAGAACCGCGAGAGACCGAGAGAACAGCGCAACCAACGACCAGCGCGAACGCAACGCACACCAAAGGAAAGAAGUCGUAACAUGAGAUUCAGAAUCAGGCGGAUUUUACCGUAAAGAUCAAUGUGAAGUUUAAUUGUUUUGUUUAAUAAAAUGUUAUUUAAAAAGC